UCUCUCCUUCCUCGUCCCCGUCACGCUUGCUUUUCAAUUUUUGAUCUCUCUCUCGACACCUUUUUCGUCCUCUCUCUACUUCGAUCACUGCACGUUCCCCUGCCUCCCUCCUGCGAAUCCUCGUUGCUGGAUCCACCCGAUCGUCCGGCCGGCGGGAGAAUCAUUUGCAGCAUCGAAGCCGAGUUGACCGGGUAGCCAUGUCGUUCUCCGACUCCGAUUCCUCAUCCUCCUCCUACGGUGCCGACUACAAGAAUUUCAAGCAAAUCACUCGCGAGCUGCCCCAGAGGUUACUUGGUUUUCUUCCUUAUCCGGUAACCGCAUCUACCCCAAUUGCAAAUUCAGGUUUGUUACAAGAAAUGUUGCGAUCGGCGAAAGCAGGGGACUCAAGGUCAACCUGGAAGGUACUCAUCAUGGAUAAACUUACUGUGAAGAUGAUGUCUUAUGCAUGCAAGAUGGCAGACAUCACGCAGGAAGGAGUUUCAUUGGUGGAGGAUAUAUACAAAAGAAGACAGCCUUUACCCUCCAUGGAAGCCAUAUACUUCAUCCAACCGACUAAAGAGAACAUUAUCAUGUUCCUGUCAGACAUGUCUGGGAAAUCACCCUUAUACAAGAAGGCUUAUGUUUUCUUUAGUUCAUCUGUCUCCCGGGAUUUGGUAACUCAUAUCAAAAGAGAUGGCACUGUGUUACCUCGGAUUGGUGCUUUGAGAGAGAUGAAUUUGGAGUAUUUUGCUAUAGAUAGCCAGGCUUUCCUAACUGACCAUGAAAGGGCUUUAGAAGAGCUUUUCGGGGAUGAAGAAGAUUCCCGAAGAGGUGACGCAGCUUUGAGUGUCAUUGCUACUCGGAUAGCGACGGUUUUUGCUUCACUAAGGGAAUUUCCUUAUGUGCGAUAUCGUGCUGCCAAGUCGCUUGACGUGACGACAAUGACUACUUCUCGUGAUCUUAUUACCACAAAACUUGCUGCUAGAGUCUGGGAUCGAAUUUCACAGCAUAAACAAAAGAUUGAACAGUUCCCUCAGACUGAAACUUGUGACUUACUCAUCCUUGAUAGAUCUGUGGAUCAGAUUGCUCCCAUCAUUCAUGAGUGGACAUAUGAUGCGAUAUGCCAUGAUCUAUUAAAUAUGGAGGGCAACAAAUAUGUCCAUGAGGUUUCCAGCAAAUCAGGUGCUCCGCCUGAGAAAAAGGAGGUCCUAUUAGAGGAACAUGAUCCUGUGUGGGUCGAGCUUCGCCAUGCACAUAUUGCAGAUGCCAGUGUGAGGUUGCACGACAAGAUGACAAAUUUUGUAUCAAAAAACAAAGCUGCACAGAUCCAACAUGGUUCAAGAGAUGGUGGCGAACUUUCUACACGAGACUUACAAAGGAUGGUUCAAUCAUUACCGCAAUACAGUGAGCAAAUUGAAAAGCUCUCUCUUCAUGUAGAGAUCGCAGGGAAAGUUAACCAAAUUAUCAAGGACUCUGGCCUUCGAGACCUUGGACAAUUGGAGCAAGAUCUUGUAUUCGGAGAUGCUGGGACAAAGGAUGUUAUCAAGUAUUUGACUACAAAAGAGUUGCAAUGUCCUAUGCAGGAUGCAAGCCGUGAAAACAAGCUACGAUUGUUGAUGAUUCUUGCAGCAAUAUACCCUGAGAAGUUUGAGGGGGAGAAGGGGUUUAAUCUAAUGAAGUUAGCUAAGUUAUCGCAAGACGACAUGAAUGCUGUAAACAACAUGAGAUUGCUUGGCGGUGCCGCAGAGACUAAGAAAAGCUCAGCUGCUAGUUUCAGUCUGAAGUUUGAUAUAAAGAAGAAGCGAGCAGCAAGGAAAGACCGUGCUGGCCAGGAAGAAACAGGAUGGCAGCUAUCCCGGUUUUACCCCAUGGUAGAGGAACUUGUUGAAAAACUGAGCAAGGGGGAAUUGUCAAAAGAUGAGUACCCGUGUCUAAACGACCCGAGUGCAACCUUUCACGGUACAUCUCCCGCUGCGAUAAUGAAUAGCUCUCCAGCUCCUCACUCCAUGCGAUCAAGACGAACACCAACAUGGGCUCGCCCUCGACACUCCGAUGAUGGUUAUUCAAGUGAGUCGGUGCUAAGGCAUGCAUCUAGUGACUUCAAGAAGAUGGGCCGCCGGAUAUUUGUGUUCAUCGUUGGUGGAGCUACGAGAUCUGAGCUUCGGGCUUGUCACAAGCUGACAAGCAAGCUGCAAAGAGAAGUCGUGCUAGGUUCUACCAGUCUUGAUGAUCCUCCCAAUUUCAUCACGAAGCUUAAACUUUUGACGGCACAUGAACUUUCAUUGGACGAUCUGGAGAUAUGAAAGCAUGGUUACAUUGUUGUCUGAUAGAAACCUGAAACAGGAAAUGGCCAUUCACCUGGUGUCUGUACUGUUAGAUUGAUUAAUCACAUUGUGUAUCUACCAUUGUUCAUCUUUAGCAUCUCAUGUAAAAUGUCCAGUGCUUAUGGUCUCCCUAUUCUCAUUAUAGCGGUGCUAUUUCGGCGUAAGCUUGUUAAGAUAUCCAGGCUGUAGCUUCUGCUGUUUUUCUCUCAUUGAUUUUCAUUGUAAUUUGAGGUACAGGAUACAGACAUUCCCAGAGGAGUUCUUGUGUAUAAAUAUAUUGCUACUAACCAAUAGGAAAGAAACAUACUGCUUGUGAUUCCUGAUUCGUGUAGCAUGGAUUCGUCGACAUGAAUCCACCUAACUUUUGUAUUCGAUAAAGUUAGUUUCAGUCGUUAUGUGUAACUAUGUUUGCCUAUUGAUACACUAGAUGGUC